AUGCUAUCUUCAACUACUACGAGGGCGGGCGUCCACGCUAGCAUUGAAGAGUACAACUACAUCCUAGGCAGAGCCAAUAAAAUCGACAUCUUCGGCCCUGUGCACAUAGACUGCAAUGUUCCCGCCAAGGAGACUCUGGGGCACUCAAGGAACUCGUCGAGGAGGGUCAAGGGUCUGUCCGAGGUAGACACGGCAACUAUCCGUCGUGCGCACGCCGUACCCCCUAUCAGUGCUGUUGAGGUCGAGUUCUCCCUAUGGAGCGCCAAUAUCCUCACUAAUGGGGCAGUGGACAUUUGUAAGGAGCUUGGUAUUCCGAUUCUUGUAUAUACCCCGUUGGGGUAUGGUUUCUUGAUUGGUCAGGUUACCAAGCUGGAGGAUAUCCCGAAGGGCGAUAUUCAUCAUAUGUUUGGUCAGUUUCAGCCAGCGGCGAGUCUCGAUUCUUUGACAUGGAAAGCAACACGCUGGCGAAUAUCAAGUUUUGCUGACGAUGAUCGGGGCGAAAUUUCCUCAAGAACCUCAAUCCAAUUGAUAAGCUCAAAGUGUUCACCAAGUAUCAAGGUGUCACCCCCGCGCAGUUAG